GGUUUGAUUUCUCAGUGCUGGGAAGAAUCUGUAGCUGACCGGUUUUGGUGUCAAUGGGGACUGGAGCUGAGCAGCAGUAUGUGGCCAGUGUCAGACACAACUUUGCGAAGCACAACCAUGUUCCUUGCUGCAAGGAGCCCUUCCCAUUCCCUGUGCAGCCAGAUGUGUUGCUGCAUCCUGGGGAGGUCCAGUCUAUAGAGCAGUGAGGGGUGGUACUGCUGUCCUUCCAUGUGCUCUCAAGCUCUCUGGGGCUGAUGCUGGGCUCUGUGCAGCAUCUCUAUCUCCAGGGUGUUUUAGGUCCCUCCACCAUGGGUGGCAGGAACUGUCUGUGUCAGGCAGCCCAGCUGGACUUGGCACUUGAGCUAUUUGCUUGCCUUUGGUGUCUCUUGGUUAUGAGGGUGGGUUGGACUUUGCAGAUUGUAGUUGUGACUCCAGGCUUGCAAAUAUUCAUUGCCCCAAGCACUUCUAGAGCGUGAGGUGGGCAACACAGAGCUGCCAGUGUGCUCCCUCCAGCUGAGCACCUCCCUUGGAGGUGCUACCUAACCCUGGCCAUGCCUGAGCAGGGCUGUGAGGUCUGUGUUUGGUACAUGAGUGAGAGCAGAAUGAGGUGUUCCAGAGGGCACUGCCUGCCUCCUGCAGAGGGAGAGGCAGGCUCAGUGGAGCUGGGCUAGGGGAAGAUGCUGUCAACCUCAGUUCUGUGUCCUCAGGUGGGAGCAGCACCAUGUGAUGGGGUGUGAAUUAGCACACCAGGAGCUACUGCAGGUUGCUGGCACCUAGGGAUAGGUGUAGCUGGGCAUUCUCCCCUGCAGCAAGCCCCUGCAGACUGGUUUUUAAUGUCUGCUACAUACAGAAGACCCCCGGUUGUAUCUUGGGAGCUCUGACAAGCCCAUGCUUUUGGCAAGUAAGAGUUGUAGCAGCUGUGAUGAGGCCACUAGUUCCUUGCCAGAGAGUUUGACCACAGAGAGUCGCCAAGAUAGCUGGGCCAGGAAGAAAACGUCGCACCCCUGACCCAGACUCCAUCACCGACCCCGGCGGGCCGUUUGUGUCCUCCAAACGGCUGAAGAUGUCCAGCAGCACUAAUGCCCCUGGCCAGAGGAGAGUGUCUCGGGGCUUGGAUGAUGCUGCCAACAAGAAGAAGCAGAAAGAUCGAGCCAACCAAGAGAGCAAGGAAGUGUCUUGCCCUGAGCUCGAGCAGGCUGAGACUGCCCGGGAGAAGGACUUGGAGGAGGAGCUGCUGCUGGACUGGAAGCAGAAUGCAGAUGAGAUCAUCGUCAAGCUGAACUUGGGCAGUGGCGGUCUGAAGGUAGAGGAUGUGGAUACAUUUUUCACCGACACUGACUGUACGAUCAAACUGCCAGACGGGCGCCAGUGGAGCUGUCAGUUCUUUGAGGAGAUUGAGGGCUCCUGCAGCAAGGUCCAGUGCAAGAAGGGCAACUUGCUACAUCUUGUGCUUCAGAAGAAGAUCCCACUCCAUAACUGGUCUUCGCUUCUGAAGAAAAGGAAAGAUGGAUCCAAAGAGCCAGCCAAAGGAGCCAUGUGCUGGGAGAACGGAAAGGAGAAGGCUGCUUCUGCAGAGCUGGCCUCUGAAGAGCCAAAGGCUGAAGGUGCAGAGCUGACCAGGUCCCGGCGGGAGCCCUCCAAUCCCAAGCGCGCUCCAGGAAGGAAUGAAGCCCUGGGAGGGAAGAGCCCAGCCAGCCCAGGGACGCAGAGCGGCCCCAGCGCCAAGCGGGCAGUAUACCUCAAAGUGGCUCCCACUGAGGAAGAGCCACGUGCCAGAGUCACCGGGAGCAUGGAGCCCAGCAGAGGGCACAGUGGGAGGGCAGGCAGCCGCCGCAAUGGCAGAACCAGCCAGGUCGAUGUGCCCACAGCCCUCACAGACCUCACACCGCCGUUGGAGAAGGCUGCGGUUUUGGCCAAAGAAAGCGUUCCUGUGGAGAUGCCGCCUCUCGCAGCUACCACAGAGGUGUUCCCCCACCGUGUUGCCACCUGUGUGGAGAAGAGAGUCCUGCAGCCAGGCAGCCCUGCCGAGGCCUUGCGAGGCUGGGACUGCAUGCCUAUCCUGGGAGAGAACUCUAAGGCUGUCCCAGUAGCCACCCCUCCGCUGGGCAGAGAUGGUGAGAAAAGGGACUGGUCCAAGGAUGAUGUGGCUCUGGAGGCAGCAGCUGAUGAGCCAGAACCUUUUGUGAGCUUGAGCUUUGUCAAGAAUGACUUCUAUGAGAAGGGCAAUGACCUGGUGGUGGUGCAUGUCUACGUGAAAGAGAUCCACAAGGAGAUGUCCAAGGUGUUGUUCCGGGAGCAAGACUUCACGCUGAUGUUCCAGACGAGUGAUACAAACUUCCUUCGCCUCCAUCCUGGCUGUGGGCCCCACACAGUGUUCCGGUGGCAGGUGAAGCUCAGGAACCUUAUUGAACCAGACCAGUGUACAUACAACUUCACAGUGUCUCGCAUAGACGUCUGCCUGAAGAAACGCCAGAGCCAGCGCUGGGGUGGGCUGGAGGCUCCAGCUACACGAGGUGCAGUGGGUGGUGCAAAGGUUGCCAUGCCUACAGGCCCUACCCCUCUGGACAAGAGCCCCCCAGGCAGUAACCAGCACCCCCUGUCCAGCAAGGAAGAGGCCCGUGCUAAUGAUAAAGAGAAGCCACGUGUGGAAGAUGGGGGUCUGGAUGGUGUGGCAGCCCGUACAGCCCCGGAGCAUGUGGCAGUGAAACAGGAGCCGCACAUCCCCUCGCCCAAACCAACAUGCAUGGUGCCACCAAUGACACACAGCCCGGUGAGCUCUGAGAGUGUGGAAGACGAUGAGGAUGAGGAUGAAAAGAAAAAGGUCUGCCUGCCUGGCUUCACGGGGUUGGUGAACUUGGGCAACACUUGCUUCAUGAACAGUGUCAUCCAGUCCCUGUCCAACACCCGGGAGCUACGUGACUACUUCCAUGAUCGGUCCUUUGAGUCAGAAAUCAACUACAACAACCCUCUGGGGACAGGAGGACGCCUGGCCAUUGGUUUUGCCAUGCUGCUGCGAGCGCUCUGGAAGGGCACUCACCAUGCCUUUCAGCCCUCUAAACUGAAGGCAAUUGUGGCCAGCAAGGCCAGCCAGUUCACUGGCUAUGCCCAGCACGAUGCUCAGGAGUUCAUGGCCUUCCUGCUUGAUGGCCUGCACGAAGACCUCAACCGCAUCCAGAACAAACCCUACACAGAGACUGUUGACUCAGAUGGGAGACCUGACGAGGUGGUAGCUGAGGAGGCCUGGCAGCGACACAAGAUGAGGAAUGACUCUUUCAUUGUGGACCUCUUCCAGGGCCAGUACAAAUCCAAGCUGGUGUGCCCAGUGUGUUCCAAGGUGUCCAUCACCUUUGACCCCUUUCUGUACCUACCUGUGCCCCUUCCUCAGAAGCAGAAGGUUCUGACUGUCUACUACUUUGCAAAGGAGCCACACAAGAAACCCAUCAAGUUCCUCGUGAGUAUCAGCAAGGAGAACUCCAGUGCCAUGGAGGUACUCGACUCGGUCGCCCACAGUGUGCGGGUGAAGCCAGAGAACCUGCGCCUGGCAGAGGUGAUCAAGAAUCGCUUCCACCGCACAUUCAUGCCGUCCAACUCACUGGACACAGUCACCGCCACGGACCUGCUGCUGUGUUUUGAGGUGCUGUCCCCAGAGCUGGCCAAGGAGCGAGUGGUGGUGUUGCAAGUCCAGCAGCGUCCACAGGUACCCAGUGGCCCUGUUGCCAAGUGUGCAGCCUGCCAGAAGAAGCAGCUGCCAGAGGAUGAGAAGCUCAAGCGCUGCACAAGAUGCUAUCGAGUUGGUUACUGCAAUGUGGCAUGUCAGAAAACACACUGGCCAGACCACAGGGCUCUGUGCCGCCCAGAGAACAUUGGUUUCCCCUUCAUCAUCAGCGUGCCGGAGUCCCGCCUCACCUACGCCCGCCUGGCCCAGCUGCUGGAGGGCUAUGCCAGGUACUCAGUCAGCGUGUUCCAGCCUCCAUUCCAGCUGGGCAGGAUGUCACCAGAGCAGGGGCUGCAGCCUCUGCUAGAACCCUUGGCCAAGAGCAGCUGUGCAGCAGCCACCUCUGCCCCUGAGUCAGGGGAGGGGGACAAGGCUUCCAGCCUCCUGCAGGAGCCCCCGCUCUCUCCAGCUGUGCCUGAGCUGCAUCCAGAGGUGGGUGAUGCCAGCACUGUCCGGAGCAAGGUCCUGGUAGCCAGGAGUUCCCUGCUGAGCUUGGAUUCAGGCUUCUCUGAGCAUGUGGAUUCACAAGGCAACAGCUGUUGUGAGAAGGAGCCAUCCUAUGAGAGGGCCCUAAAGCCAGAAGCUGCCAUCCCUGGGUACCAACACACUCCAGAUUCGCUGAGUGCCCGCGCCACGCAGUUCUACAUCAAUAAGAUCGAUGCUGCCCAGCGGGAGCACAAGCUGGAAGAUAAAGGUGACACACCUCUGGAGCUGACAGAUGACUGCUCCCUUGCCCUGGUGUGGCAGAACAAUGAGCGCCUCAAGGAAUUCGUGUUGGUGGAGUCCAAGGAGCUGGAGUGUGUGGAGGACCCAGGCUCAGCCAGUGAAGCAGCCCGGGCUGGCCACUUCACCCUUGAGCAGUGCCUCAAUCUCUUCACAAAGCCCGAAGUCCUGGCCCCAGAGGAAGCGUGGUACUGCCCCAAGUGCAAGCAGCACCGAGAGGCCUCCAAGCAGCUGAUGCUGUGGCGGCUGCCCAACGUCCUCAUCAUCCAGCUCAAGCGCUUCUCCUUUCGCAGCUUCAUCUGGAGGGACAAGAUCAACGACAUGGUAGACUUCCCUGUCCGGAACCUGGACCUCAGCAAGUUCUGCAUCGGACGAAAGGGCGAGCAGCAGCUGCCCAUGUACGACCUAUAUGCUGUGAUCAACCACUAUGGAGGCAUGAUUGGAGGGCACUACACAGCAUAUGCCCGCCUGCCCAGUGACAAGAACAGCCAGCGCAGCGACGUGGGCUGGCGGCUCUUCGACGACAGCACAGUCACCACCGUGGACGAGAGCCAGGUGGUCACUAGAUAUGCUUAUGUCCUCUUCUACCGCCGGAGGAACUCUCCUGUGGAGAGACCCCCGCCAGGGCACCCCCCAGACCACCGAGCCGAGCGCACCCCUUCUGCUGAAGCCACUGCCAGCCAGGCUUCUCUGAUCUGGCAGGAACUGGAGGCUGAAGAACAAGAGCUGCAACUCGAGGCGCCUCAAAGGCUUGCAAGAAAUUCCUGGAGGCCCCGUGGCCAAAAGCGGAGUCCAGGCACCCCACAGCACCCAGACGAAGGCUGCAUCAGAUACUUUGUCCUGGCCACUACAGCUGCAAUUGUGGCUCUCUUCCUAAAUGUCUUCUACCCGCUCAUUUACCAGACCCGUUGGAGAUAGGCACGGGCACACAGCCAGCCGCAGGAGCAGGGCUGCCCAGGCACGCGCCGUCCUCGGACACUACGCAACGAAGACAGCGAGUGGCAGGACAGAAACUGCCAGGAAGGACUCACCAAGGGAAGCGUGGGGCCGCCGGCUCCUGCUUGUCUGCUCCGGCAUCUUCUGUGCCAGCUGGCAGGGAUGCUUGGCCAGCCCGCUGCCUUGCCAAGGCACAGCCCAGAACCAGGAGCCCCUUUGCCCUCCCUUCAUCCUUGCUGCCCACUGGGAGCAGGACAGACCUCAUGGCUACCUGCUGUUCAGGAAGUGAUGUUUCUGCUGCAGUGGGACCAGGGCCUGGGAACCACCCAGGAUCAUCAAACUGCCUCUGCUUUGCUCCCAGGAAAAAGGAGGAGACCUGCCAGGAGGUUGCAGCAAGGGCAGGAUGCCCUGACACAGUUCCUGGUCUGGUCACCUCUCCUAGCUGUGCUGCUGUGGGAUCCUUGUACUCCCCAGAGCUGGCACAACCUGCAGCUCCUGGGCCAGGGCAGUCCAGUCCUUCCUGCCAGCCUCUUCCUAAGCCUCCUGGUGCCAGCACACCCAUGGUGGGGACAAACAGGCUUCUCACCAAGGGUUUGUGUGCUUCCAUGCUCAGCCAGAGGCUCAGACCCACCACAGCUCCCCUCCUCUCUUGUGAGCCUGGUAGUCUGGGCUGGCGUGCCCAUGGUGAGCACCUGCCUCUGUGGGCUGCUGGCUCUUCCCAGCCCCCAGUGCUGUGGGGCAUGUGGGCUGUUCCCACUCAGCCCCAGCUGGCAGUGUCUCGGAGAGCUAAGUCUCUGCCAGGGGAGGACAGUACAGCACCUUGUUUGCAAGGGAAUCAGUUGCCUGUGGGGUAAUGGAGUGCAGGCAGGACCUCAGUGUGUUAAUAAAGCCAGGUUUUCCAAAGAGAUGCAGCAUCACUGUCCUGUCUGAUGGGACCUCCAGGCAGGGUCAAGGACCCUCUCUGUACUGGGGCUGGUGGCUUUCCUGUGCCUGUGGUGACUAUCCCAGCUGCAUGGGGAUUAUCAUGGGAACCGUGCCCUAGGCUCUGUUGGGUGCCUGGCACACCCUGUGUGGCAGCAGACUUGGGACAACUCUGCCUGCCUGUGCCAGGGGGUAUGCCACAGGGCGGCAUCCCCAGCAGGGCACGUGCAGCGGGGCUGGCAGUGUGCCAUCCCCUGGGGUUGGGACACGGGCGACAGCUCUUCUGGUGUCUGACAUUGAGACAUGUUGCCCUUGGCUGAGCCUGGCUCAGGCUGUUCUGACGUGUUUGGGUGCAAGAAGUGACUUCAGAGCCCUGUGACUUCCUUUUCUGUCUCUGUUGCUUUCCUACCAUCAGUGCCCUUGGCUGGCUCAGGAAGGAUGCUUGGCAGGGAAGGGGCUCACCUGUGUUUCAGGCUGGGGUUCGAACUGGACAGUGAGGAGCCCAGGCUUCCCCACCUCAGUUUCCUGCACAUGACACAAUGUUUUCCUUGACAAGUGCGUCCCAGCUGGGGAACCCAGCAGGGUCGCGCUGCAGUCAUGAGGUGCCAGCCCUGGAACAGUCACCUCAUUGUCUGCAGCCCUGAGGCUCGGCAGCUUCUCCCACUCACCCACGGCGCUGGCCUCGUGAGGCUGACUCAGUGCCCAGCGCCGGUGGGGUGACCUCUGCUCCGGCUGGCGCUGAUGACCCAGGGUUGAGACCCACAAGCUGCUGCCUGCACCUGCCUGCUCAGCCUUGCCUGAAGUGGGUGGCCAGCAGCAAGGCCCAGGCUAGGCUCUCUGGGCCCUGGAAAUCCCCUUUGGUCCUGUGCUGUUCCUUAGGCCCUAAGAGGCACUGGCAGCCUGGCUGGGUACCCAUUGUGAGGCACAGGGCUCUGCUCACAACAGCCCUGGCCACAGCAGCCCUAUAGGCAUGAAUGCCAGGCUGGGGAGAGGUGGCAGCAGCAAAGCUGGGAUGAGUGUGCUGCUGCUGGGGUCCCUGGCAUGCUGCCUUCGCCCUGCCCUCUUGAUGGGGCUGGCACCAACUGCUGCUCUCCAGACCAUGGAACUGCACAUGUUGCCAGGCUCUCUGUGCUGAGGGGCUGUGUCUCCCCAGGUAUCCCAUGGCCCCUUGGCCAUAAGAAAAUGGGUGGGCAGGGUGCUGGUCUCCCUCUUGCACCCCUGCUCCCCCUCUCACACCUGCCUUCUGC